UCAGGUCAACGGCUAGUUUUUCCACUACUACUUUUUGGGAUAAUUAUCGUGCAAAUCAAAUCAGUUAACACAGUAAGUAAACCGAGAAAAGGAAAACCCUUUUCGAAUCUCGAUUACCCAUCUAAGAAAUCGGAAUUAAAAAGGGCUUCCGAAUAAAAAGGCUUCCACUUCUCCACUAGAGUCUAGAGAGGAAGCAAGUCUCCGGUUUCUCUGUGGCCAUCGAAUAUCCCCACGAACCCAAUAGAAAAAUACUGAGAUACAGCAGCCAGCCGCAAGCUCAACAGCUAAAGCAGAGAAUAUUUGUGGAUGGUUUUCUAAAGCUUUCAUUUUCGGAUCAAAGUUCCCUACUGCCACCAUGUCUCGUCCAUCAUGGCUGGUCGAUGGUAGAAGAAUAGCCAGAAAAAUUAAGAGUGCAUCUGAUCCUGAAAAAGUCAAAUGGGAGAGCAACCCAACCAAAUCUUGUCCAAAUUGCCAUCACAUUAUCGACAACAGUGAUGUUGUCCAAGCAUGGCCUGGAUUACCCAGAGGGGUCAAAUUUGAUCCAACUGACCAGGAAAUCAUCUGGCAUUUGCUUGCAAAAUCUGGCUUUGCUUCUCAUAAACCCCAUCCAUUCAUUGAGGAGUUCAUACCGACUGUUGACAAUGAUGAUGGGAUCUGUUACACUCAUCCCAAGAACCUACCAGGUGUGAAACAAGAUGGGAUUACAUCUCACUUCUUUCACAGGGCAAUCAAAGCUUACAAUACCGGGACACGAAAGCGCAGAAAGAUUCAAGGUGAUGAUGUUGGUGAUGUUCGCUGGCACAAAACUGGCAGGACUAAGCCGGUGGGCUUGGAUGGCGUGCAGAAAGGUUGUAAGAAAAUAAUGGUUCUCUACACUAGUUUGGUAAGGGGAGGUAAAGCUGAGAAAACAAACUGGGUGAUGCAUCAGUACCACCUUGGAACGGGCGAGGACGAGAAUGAUGGGGAAUAUGUGAUUUCAAAGAUAUUUUAUCAGCAGCAACAACAAGCUAACAAGGCCAAUAAAACUGAAGAAGAGCUAUCUGAAACUAUUGAUCAUGCCUUGAUUACAAAUGUUGAUCCAGUCACUCCCAUGUCCGUCACACCUGAUCCUCCUCUCCAUGAGAGGCGUUUUUGUGAUACUGACCUUGUGAAAGACUCUGCAAUUGCUGAUCCUUAUCUUCAGUAUACGGAGCUUGAACAUCUAGAUGAUGAGGUUCAGCCCCUGACUGAAAACCCUAGUUGCAAUGAUCUGGUGCCAGUGACUGAAUAUCAAGACUUAGAUAACAACAAAGACUGUGGCGAGGAAGAAGCGAAAUGGUGGGACGGUGAGUCACAGAACUUGUUGGAUUCGCAACAGAUGGUAGAAGGUCUGUCCGUAUGUGAAGAGUUCCUUCAGAGCCAGUCUCCGAGUAGAGAUGGGAAUGGAGAUCCAUUACCGAAUAGAAAAUCAUCUUUUUCGUUCCAGUAUGAAGGUGCAGAGGAUUUGAAGAAGGAUUUAGAGGAAUGCCAAACUCUGGCUGUUGACCCUGCAAAUAUAGAACUCGAUACACCUCCCGAGUUCAGACUCAGCCAGCUUGAAUUUGGAUCUCAGGAAAGCUUUCUGGCAUGGGGGGGAGGAGACAUAAAAUGAUUGGCUAGCUACAAGGCUUAACAUGUUUUGGUGUGGAUCGAAAGAGAGGAAGCACCUGAUCGGCUAUAUCCUUAUUUGUAUAUGUAAAUUCCAAUUAGUAACAAUGGAGAUGGUGGUUGGUGGGAGGGUUUUUGAGGACUCCUAUAUUUUGUACCACCUUGGCAGCUUAAUGCAGAAAGGCAACUGCUGCUCGUUUUGUAACUAAUGUCUGAUGCUCUGCUCUUUGUUUUGAAUGGAGAACACACGUCUGUGAUUCGUAAAGUGUUCUUCUCAAUGUAGGGUAAUCAGAAUGAACCCUGUGCCAAGCAAGCUCCUCUUGUUACGACCUUUUAGGUUGCUAACAAAUAACAUUCUUUUAUCUAAAAUGCCACCUUACAGACCCUACAAGGUGACAUGGGCAUGUACAUUUUGAUAAUGUACAUGGCAACAGAGACCAUAUGACAAACAACUCAUCCCGCAAUUAUAAGUUAGUCACCUCUUUACCGAUCCCAAAGCUAGCUAGCUAGUCCCAGUCAGUCAUGGCCACCAUCAUAUCAUAUUCAUUGCUAGCUCUAUCCCUUUGGCUGGCAGUUUGGCGUCAUAUUGUUAUGAAAUUUCCUCUGCCUCUGCCCCUGCCCCGGUCCCUACACUCUCUGCAAAAUCAUUUCCCCUCUUAUUUUGGUUCCCUUGGCAUGCAGUACAGACUACAGAGAGCAGCUAAAGAACAGUGACAGAUAGGGCCUUCCUUCCGCAGAACAACCUGUUGUUUUGGAUCUAGGCCCUCCCCUUUUGCCCUCUUUUGCUCUGUGUUGCUGGCUAGCUAGCUGGUCCUUGUCAAGUUCCGUGCAUCUGGGGCUAUGAGGUUUCGCUUUUGGGUACGUAAACCAGACACGAUUUGGGACAAAGUAAUAAAGGAAUGGAGCUAAAGCGAUAAGAUAUGUCCACUGACCACUGCUGCCCACAUAUAUAUUCAACCCUUCUCUUUUCCUCUGUUUCUUCCUACCACUAAGCAUAAAU